CGCCGGGAUCUGUACGUACUGUCCGGUCGGCGACUGAUUCGCGUGCCGUUUGGCUCGUGUCGACCGCACCAGACGUGCGACUCGUGCCUCACAUCCAACGACCCGUUGGCCUGUGGCUGGUGUGGCACCUACUGUGCCCAUAGAGAUGAGUGCGACCACCCCGUGCUCUUCAACCAGACAGUGUGUCCGCCAGUCAUAUAUGACUUCGAGCCCAAGUCGGGUCCCUUAAGUGGCGGAACUGUUAUCACUAUAACUGGCAAUAAUUUAGGGCAAUAUAGAAAUUCGUAUGAAAACAGUAAUAUAACGGUGACUGUGGCCGAAACCAACUGCCCGGUCGUCGAGUGGACAGCCAGUCGCGUCACGUGUCAGACACAGUCUGUCCUCAAAGCAGUCUCAGGCAAAGUACGGGUCAAAGUUCACGACCGGUUCACCCAAAAAAUUUACGACAUUGAGGGUGAGGUGCAGUCCGAUUUGGAGUUUAAGUAUUUGGAGCCGGAGUUGAGAGGUGUAUACCCGGCGUUCGGUCCCGAGUCGGGCGGCACUAACAUCACAAUCGUCGGCCAGAAUCUGCACAUCGGCUCCAAUCGCACCGUAGUUUUGGCCGGAAUUCAGUGCAAAGAAUUUGAGAGCAACUCAACGUUCUUGAAGUGUACGUCC